AAGACUGUGCGGGCAAAAAACCCUUUGCCCUAAUAUUACUACAACAUACAGAGAAGUACUGUCAGAUUUGACAUUUUUGUUAACCGUUGUCAAAUUUCACACGAUAUCUGCCUAGCAUUUUUGAUAAUGCCGAGCAAUCGAGCUAGUUAAUUAACGCAUUAUAUUUAGAAACUAUUUGAAAAAUGACCGAGGAUCAAGAUGUUAAAGAUUCACAAUCUGAUUCAGGGAGCAAAACGUUUAUUAACAAGAACAAAGACAAGAAAGCGAAGAGUCAACGUCCACUAACCAAAAUCAUACUUCGUCGUUUGCCACCUACCAUGACUGAGGAAGCAUUUUUAGAACAAAUUUCACCCAUGCCUGAACAUGACCAUUUCUACUUUGCUAAACCUGACUUGUCUCUUGGAAAUAAUGUUUAUUCAAGAGCUUAUAUAAAUUUUCUCAAUAUUGAGGAUAUUUACAUCUUCCGCGACAAGUUCGAUGGAUAUAUUUUUUUGGAUGAAAAAGGUAUUGAAUACAUAGGAAUAGUUGAGUAUGCACCAUUCCAAAGAAUUCCCAAAAAGAAGAAAAAGAAAGAUCCUAAAUGUGGUACAAUUGAAAGUGAUCCAAUUUACCAGGAGUUCAUUGAGAGUCUUAACAAAGAUCCCGAAACAGAAAGUCAACCUAAACUGGAAUAUUCAUAUCCUGUUAAUGAUGGAAAUGAUAAAAAAGUACAAUCAACUCCCUUAUUAGAAUAUCUUGCAGCCCGUAAACAAGAUAAGAGAGGUAGAGAUGAGAGGCGUAGGAGAGAAAAUGACAAGAGAAAAAUGAGGAUUGAACGCAAAACAAAGGAAAUUCCCAUCAAGGAGGAAGAAACUGCAGACACCGAUGUAAAGAAAAUCAAAUCGAGGGAAUGGGAAAAAGAGAAAUCCGAGUCAAAAGAUGAUUCUGUUAAGACUGAUGGAAAAGAUAGUACCAUUUUUGAAUCAAAAACAUUUAGGGAGCAUAGAAAAUCAGGUUCUGUAGCAAGUGCAGAUAAGAAGAAAAGAAUGGAUAUUGACAAGAAAGAAAUAUUAGGAAAAGAAGAGGAUCAAGCUGAUGAUUCUGAUAAAGGUUAUAAGAAAGAUAAACGAGAUAAAUUUACUAAAGAUUCACCCCGUGAGCUUAAAAGCAAAAAAUAUAGUGAUACCAGGAAAGAUAGAAUGAAACAAGUAGAAUCUUCGAAAUCUGAUAAACAGUCAGCUAUAAAUAAAAUCAUGUAUUCAGAGAAUAAAUCAAAAACACUCAACCAUGAUGAUAUCAAACCAUUUACACAACUGCCUCAGGUUAAAACUGAUGAUCUAACCAAAAUUAUAGAUGGAAUGGAGAAAAAGCUCAAAGUGGACGAUUCCAAAACACAAAAAGAUACGAAAGACUCUAAUGAUAAUGUCACAGACAAAGUAUUCGAUGUUUCAAAAGCUAGGCGGAACAGCUUGGAAUCGGGUGGUAUUGCAGACAAAGAAGAGUCAGUGUUACGAAGACAAAAGAGCUUAGAUGACAGAAGUAAGUCUUCAGAUAGAGAAGGUUCAGAAGAGAAGGAAAAAAGCGAAAGUAUAGAUCGUCGCACAGAAAGAAGAAUUAGAAAUAAGGUAAAUUAUAUUGAAACUAAGAUGAAUGAAGUGUGAAAGACUUAUUGUUAUAACAAAUUGACUAUUUUUUUAGGAUCGACCAAGCCUUGUUAUAUAUCAGCCAGGUAUGGGUAAGUUUAGUAAACAACGGUUGGCGAAAGAUAAGGAUAAAUCAGUGAAUGAAAGUGAAAAGAAAGACACCUGAGGCUACAGUUACAUUUCACGAAAAUUGGACACCAUUCGACGGAACCACCCUGAAGCUGGCAUUCAAUGCAUGUCCUUGGAGAUGCGGUAGAAAAGGCCAUAAGACAUGCCAACUGAGGGAACCACUGUUCUUGUUUAUUCAAAGCUGUUAUUUUAUUGAUUCAUUUAAUUUACAUACUGUAUUGAGUCUGAGAUUUAUUAUUAUUAUUAUUAUUUGUGACAAAAAUCAGCGUAGCAUCUAAUGCUUCAUAUUUUUAGCUUAUGACCAUUUAGUUCAGUUUGUUUUAUUUCAUUUAAAUAUAAUAAUUUUUUGAAACUGGGA